AUGUCUAAAGUAGGGAAGUUCAUUAGAAACUGUGACUUAUUUGCCUAGCCUGUGUAUAUGACUUAUAAAAAAGAUAGUAAUUACAGGACCAUUGUAGGCGGAUUAAGUGCUAUUACCUUCGGUUUCUUUGUUAUUUGGUAUGCAAUCACCUAGAUAUGGCUAAUGGUUUCGGGGAAUUAUAACAUCAGCGUUUCUCAGAUAUUUUCAGACAUUGAAAACGAUCCAAUUUCUUUUGAUAUAGACAUAAAGAGGUUCAACAUUGCCAUCCUAAUUGGUAGUUUUAGCAUCAAUAAGGAAGAAUUGUUAAGAUAUGUAAGACCUUAAUUCUUCUACGAAGUUAAAACUAUUAAUGCAAGUGGAGAUAUUAACAUUACAACUUAUCCAAUUGAUGUGGUCAGUUGCAAUCAAACAAUAUUUCCAUGGACUAACAAAGGAGAGUUGAUUCAAGAUUUUUUCUGUCCUAACUUAAAUUAGAUUGAAAUAUAUGGCCAAGAAUCAGGUCUAAAAUCAAAGGAACUUUAUAUCUCUGUAUCUCCGUGCUAAAAAGUAGCUUUGGAUAAUAAAACAGAGUGCGCUACUCAAUAAGAAUAUAAUGCUAGGAUUGCAGAUUUCUAUAUAGACACAGCCUUUUUAACUGAGUACUUUAAUCCAAGUAAAUUCAAAGAAUCAGAACCUUUUUUUACAAAUUACUAAUAAAAUAGGAGAUAUUUAGUUAAGGAUCAAUAUAAGCUAGUGUAAUAUAGAGUAUAAAGAAAAGUCGUUUCUAUCAAUGACCAUCUAAUCAGUUUUUUUUGGGUGCCUAGUUUUGAUUCAAAUUAAUAUGACUAUGAAUAUUAUGAUAUUGAUCUGUUUGAUACACAAAUAAUUGACCCAAAUGUAUCUAGAUUUGAGAAAUUAGGUCUCCUAAAUUUAAGAUUCUCAUAAGAUUAAGAAAGUUAAUUGACAAGUAUUUAAGGAUCUACGAUAACUGGCUUCAUUUCAAAUGUAGGAGGUUUCUUUAGUUUAAUAAAUAUGCUACUUGGUUAUUUGCUAUAUCAGUUUCAGUCUUUUAGAUACGAAUCAUCUCUUAUGAAAAGACUUUUCUAUGAGGAUAAACCAGAGUUGAAUAAUGAUGAUUAAUAGAAUGAAACUGAAGAGCCUGCUGCUUCACUAUCAUUUAUAACAACAAAUAAUGAAGGAGGAGCAAUAAGUUAAAGGACCUAAGCAAAAGAAAUCCAUGCCAACAGUGUGUGGAGCGAAUAAGAGGAAGAAUAUAAAUAUGCAAUAAAUAUUAGUGAACCAGAUGCAUCGGCCUCAUUAUAAAGAAACAAAUCAAAUUUUAACUCAGCGAUCAAUAGACUAUUAAAAGUUCCAAAAGUUGGAUAUAAAGCAUUCUAAUAAUCUUAUCUAAUGAAUAAGGAAAGAAUUAUGGCAUAGAUUGAAUCAACCUAGUAAUAUUAGAUUACUAUCUGCAAUUGGAUUUAAUUCUACUUCGUGAGUUUGAUGUGUUGCUGUAAGAAAAGAAAGUAAAGAAUAUAGGCACUGAAAGAUAGAUUUGAAAGAGCUAAAGAAAAGUUAUACUAUGAUUUAGAUAUUCUUGAGAACAUUAAGAUAAUUAGGAGUUCCAGAUUCUAAAUGCAGUCUUUGCUUAGAAAGUACCAAAGAUAAAUGAUUAGAUAUUUCAAAAUAUAUAAUGUGGAUCAUAAGAGUAUAGGUAAGAAACGCCCUCAUAAUCUCGCUAAAGCUUUUGGAAAGAUAGAUUUAAGAAGUAAUGCUAUAGACAAAAAAAUAGCAUACAAAAUAACUGAAGAUGAAGAAUAGAUUCAUCAUAUUCAACUAACUAAUCCUAGGUAUAGACAUUCUACUUAUGCCUAACUUCUUUGA